AUGUCUCUACGAAUGCCCAAGGCGGAUAACAUGCCACUCUUCAAGAGUGGCUACACCUUCGCUUCCGGGAUUGAGGAGGCCGUUUUGAGAAACAUCCAAGCGGUUUCUGAGCUCUCGGACCUCGUCAGAACCUCUUUUGGACCCCAAGGACGCAAUAAAAUGGUAAUCAACCACCUCGAAAAGCUUUUUGUCACCUCAGAUGCAGCAACCAUCCUUCGGGAAAUGGAAGUUGUUCACCCAGCGGCCAAAGUGCUUAUUAUGGCCUCUCAACAACAAGAGGCUGAGAUCGGCGAUCGCACGAAUCUGGUAUUGAUGUUUGCGGGCGAAUUGUUGAAGAAGGCUGAAUCGCUUUUGAUGAUGGGUCUCCACCCUAGUGAGAUUGUCUUGGGAUACGAAUUGGCGCGCGACAGGGCCGAGGAAGAGAUCGAAACAAUGGCAUGUGAUACCCUCCCAUCUCCUCUGACAAAGGAGUCACUCGCAACCGCCCUUCGAACACCUCUAGCAUCCAAACAGUUCGGAAACGAAGAUUUCCUCGCCUCACUCGUCUCAGAAGCCUGUCUAUCAGUCAUGCCCUCUGAACCAACGCUCUUCAAUGUCGAUAACGUAAGGGUAGUCAAGAUUCUUGGUUCCGGAUUGUCUUCCUCCAAAGUUAUCAAGGGUAUGGUCUUUGGUCGGGAGCCAGAGGGGGUCGUCAAGAACGCCACCAAGGCUAAAGUGGCUGUUUUCACUUGCGGAAUCGACAUCGCUCAAACUGAGACCAAAGGAACCGUAUUGCUGAGGAACUCUGAAGAACUAUUGGACUUUUCAAGGAGUGAAGAAGUUUUAAUGGAAAAGAUCUUUAAAGAGAUUGCGGAUUCAGGCAUUUCGGUUAUUGUAGCGGGAUCAAGCCUGGGCGAAUUAGCGUUACAUUAUUUGAACCGAUACAACAUCGCAGUGAUCAAAGUCUUGUCGAAGUUUGACCUCCGUCGCCUGUGUCGAGUAGUUGGAGCAACACCAUUGGCACGGUUGGGGGCGCCGACACCGGAAGAGGCAGGCUACGUUGACGUAUUCGAGACGAUUGAGGUGGGAGGUGAUCGAGUGACGGUGUUCAGACAGGACGACGAGACAAAGACACGGACGUCGACGAUCGUCCUAAGAGGGGCCACGACGAGCUCACUAGAUGACGUCGAGCGGGCAAUCGACGACGGGGUGAACGUGAUCAAGGGGCUACUGAAGGACUCUCGACUCUGCCCCGGUGCGGGGGCCACGGAGAUCGAACUGGCCAGUCGGAUUCUCGAAUACGGUGAAAAGACUCCAGGCCUCAGCCAGCACUCUAUCAAAAAGUUCUCGGAAGCUUUGGAAGUCAUCCCUCGCACCCUGGCUGAGAAUGCUGGGCUAGAUUCCACUGAGGUUCUUACCCGACUGUAUGCGGUUCAUCAAUCAAAAGAUUCCAACAGUGCCUACAUGGGAGUAGAUAUCCAGUGUGAAAGCUCAGAUGGGGUGGUUGAUGCAAAGGAGACGAAAAUUCUUGACUUGCUCUCAGGAACUUCAUGGGCCAUCCGCUUCGCAUCCGAAGCAGCCAUGUCGAUUCUUCGAGUGGACUCGAUCAUCAUGUCUAAAGCGGCCGGGAUCGUCCCUCCUAAACAAAACCCUGAUUGGGACCAAGAUUGA